AUGGCGUACAGUUCAAGAAAUUUGUCAACAGAACAAUUGAGAGAGAUUUUAGAAAGUGAACAGUUUUGGGAAGAUGAAGAAUCUGCUGUACAUGAAGUGCCCGACCAGGAGGAUGAUACAACAACCCUAUUGGAUGAAGUUAACACACUGGAAGAAAUUGAGGCCUUUGCUGACGAAAGUGACAAGGAAGAUGACGAGGCAAUUUUUAGCGACCACAAUACCGACAGUGAGUUAGAAGUUUCAGACUCGGAUGAAGAAGCGCCUACCAUUACUAGAAAUGCCUGGUAUGGAAAAGAUGGUACUAAAUGGUCAAAAACGCCAGUUAUUAGGGGUCGCACGGCAUCUCAUAAUUUAGUCACGGUUCUGCCAGGACCUAAAGGAACUGUCCGAAACAAUCCUCCAUCAACGCCCCUCCAGGCUUGGAGCUUACUGCUAACUGAUGAUAUGCUGGGACAAUUAGUUAUAUAUACGAAUAUAAAAAUAGGUACGUGUCGAGAAAAAUACCGUAAGUUUAAAAGACGCCUACAUUCAAAAAAGAAGUGUAGGCCUGUAUUCACCAGCGAUACCACAUUGUCCGAAAUGAGAGCAUUUUUGGGCCUUUUAUACUUACAAGGAAUUUUCAAAUCUGGUCACGAGGACAUUAGGUCAAUGUGGGCUACGGAUGGAACAGGAAGGCCUAUUUUUCGCGCCACCAUGAGUCUUGCUCGAUUUUCAUUUCUAUUAAGUUGUAUAAGGUUUGAUGACGUCACAACUCGAAAAGAAAGGACUAUUACAAAUAAACUAGCUGCAAUUUCAGAAUUUUUUGACAAAUUUGUCGAAAAUUCUAAGUUAUCGUAUAGCCCAGGAUAUUAUUUAACUGUUGACGAGAUGCUAAUACCGUUUCGUGGGAGAUGUUCGUUCAGAAUGUUUAUUCCCAGCAAACCUGCCAAAUAUGGCAUUAAAGUUCAAAUUUUGACAGACGCAAAGACUCAUUAUAUGGUCAAUGCAGAAAUAUAUUGCGGUGCUGAAAUAAAAACAGCUGAACCCAAAUCCAAGCUAUCAAAUCCUACAAGAGUUGUUUUACGACUAGCACAGUGUGUUGAAGGUACUAAAAGAAAUAUAACUGGCGACAACUGGUAUAGCUCAGUUGAACUUCUUGAGGCUCUCAAAGAAAAAAAAAUAACAUAUGUGGGCACUUUGAAGAAAAAUAAGAGAGCCAUACCUCCUGAAUUUUUACCUCAUAGGAAUAGACAAGUUGGUUCUUCAAUUUUUGGAUUUUCUGCAUCUAAUACCAUAGUCUCUUACGUCCCGAAAAAAGGCAAAGGUGUCAUUUUACUUUCCAGCAUGCACCAUAGUUUUUCAAUAAACCAAGAUACGCUGAAGCCAGAAAUAAUUCAUUUUUAUAAUGAGACAAAAUCAGGUGUAGACGCCCUAGAUGCAAAGUGUGCGAAAUAUUCUACGUCUAGAAGAACAAAUCGGUGGCCAGUAGCGAUUUUUCAUGCCAUCUUAAAUAUUGCCGGUGUCAAUUCUCGGGUAAUAUACCAAUUUUCUAAAGAUGGUGAAGAAAUUUCGCGAUAUGACUUUAUAAAACAACUUGGAAUGCAGUUAAUUGACGAGCACGUGCGUUCCAGAAUGGUCAACCCUAAAGUACCAUUGAAAAUCCACAAUUUAAUAGCUGAUGUUCUACAAAUCACAAUUCCAGUUGAGAAAGAAGUCACAGAACCUGUAAUUAAAAGCAAGCGAAAGAGAUGUGGUAUUUGUCCCGCCAAGAAGGAUAGGAAGACAGCCAUUAAUUGUGAUGGUUGUAAAAUACCAAUUUGCAAUCAAUGUUGCAAAAAAAUGUGUCCGAAGUGUUUAGAUAAGUAG